CAUAAGAAGUCCCUUCUCUACUAAUUCCUUUCUUACUACUUUACAUUCUUUCAUCUCUUUAUUUAUUUAUUUAUUUUUCCCAUUCUUUGAAAGAAAGAAAAAACACAUAGAACUUGCAUAUUUUUUGUUCAAUCUUCUACCCGGAUCCGACCCGAAUUGUUCGCAGUCUGCUUUACUCACCAGAGAGAUCCCUUUUCUGGAGAGAAAGGAAAACGAUCAAGUAAAUUCGGCUUCUGGCCAAAACGGCUGGCAUAUUCAUUGUAGACGAUAUUUGCUGUUAUCCAGGGUUCUGCAAUUACAGUCUUGAUGGGGAGUUGUGUAUCAGCACCUGCCAAAAGAAUCAGGACUGUGAGGAGAUCCCGUCGUCGGAUCCGAAAAUGCCGUGGGAAGGGUACCAGUUCUAUGACGGAUGGAACCAAGAAAAGGAAUAGUGAUGCCCGUGUAACGGAUAUAGCUGUUAGUGGAUAUGUACAUAUGGAUUUUGAGAAUGGAGCUUCCCAAGAGGAUGCUUGGUUCGAUUCAGUUAGUAUUCUUGAAUCUGAUUCAGAUGAUGACUUCAUCAGCAUUCAAGGAGAUGGUUUUCCGUUGUGUAAUGCCAUUGGGAAUAUGUCAAGUGGUCAGCUGCUUCAGUAUGACGGAAAGGCCGAUGAAAUUUGUAAUAGGAAGAAGAAACCAUUAGAUCAUCGUUAUGGAAGCUUUAAAGGACUGAAAGAGGAUAGGCGUAAUUCCGAAGAGAAAAACUUAAGAUCGGGAUUAUCAAGAAUGAUUCCUUCUGUGAGUUUCAAUGAGAAGAUUUUAACAUCGGGUACGACUCCACAAUCCCAAAGAAAGAAAUCAGCUGUUUUAAGGCUUUCUUUCAAGAGGAGGUCGUCGUGUGACGCAGAAGACAAACUUGAAAACUGUACAUCAAAACGGUUUUUAUAUCGUCCCAGAGCAGGAUAUAUAAUUCCGUGUAGCAAGGAUGAGAAGGCGGGUCGAGGAUGUUGGUCCGAGAUUAAGCCAUCAACUUUUAAACUUCGAGGCGAGACCUAUUUCAAAGAUAAACGGAAGUGUCCAGCACCGCAUUUCUCCCCGUAUACUCCAAUAGGUGUUGACUUGUUUAUCUGCCCAAGAAAGAUAAAUCAUAUUGCCCAACAUAUCGAGCUUCCUAAUGUAAAAGCAAAUGGGAAAGUUCCCCCUCUUCUAAUUGUUAAUAUUCAGUUGCCAACAUAUCCUGCUGCAGUGUUCCUCGGUGAUGGUGAUGGUGAAGGAAUGAGUCUUGUUCUUUAUUUCAAAGUUCACGAGAAUUUUGACCAACUCAUUUCUCCACACUAUCAAGAGAGCAUCAAGAAAUUGGUCGAUGAUGAGAUGGAAAAGGUUAAAGGGUUCGCGAUAGACUCGAUCAUUCCCUUCAGAGAAAGGCUAAAGAUCAUGGCCGGUUUGGUUAAUCCCAAUGAUCUCAAUUUGAGUUCUACCGAGAAGAAACUCGUAAAUGCUUAUAACGAAAAGCCGGUUCUCUCACGCCCUCAGCAUAAUUUUUAUAAGGGUUCUAAUUACUUUGAGAUCGAUCUGGACAUUCAUCGCUUCAGCUACAUAUCGAGAAAGGGGCUUGAGUCGUUUCGAGAUCGAUUGAAAAACGGAGUUCUUGAUCUGGGUUUAACCAUCCAGGCACAAAAACAAGAGGAGCUUCCGGAGCAAGUAUUGUGCUGUCUGAGACUAAACAAGAUUGACUUUUCCGAUCACGGCCACAUACCGACGCUUCGGACGUCUCUGGAUGCUUAACGGGAUUGUCGUUGUCGAAGUGCAUGAUACCAAAUUUAGAAACUUGCAUGGAGGGAUCAAUUUCAUUUUGUUGAAUCUCAAACAUUAUUAUAACACCAGCUUUACCGCAAAUAUAUUUAAUGGAAUGCUUGAUUUCUCGUU